GUAUGCUCAAAGUUUAAUCCUAUAACCUAGAUCCAUGCAUAUAAAACACAUAAAAUGCUUCAAAAAGAAACAUAUAGUAAUUCCAAAUUCCGACCACAAGGAACUUUCACAGAUAUAUCAUCCCUUUAUUUUACAGCUUGUACCAGCCAAUCAAUACAUCUUCAACCAUUUCAUCAUCAAUAUUUUACUACCACAAUAAUUAUGUUCUCCACAUAUUCUAUAUAUAUAUAUAAAGAUUGAACAACAAAAAGAAAAGCUAACAAAUACAAAAGAAUCUCUAAAAUCUCACCAACCAAAAAAAAAAGAAAAAUGGAAGAAGAAGCAAAGAAUUUCUUCAAAGCAUGGUUGAUAGUUCUUGCAUCUUUAUGUUACUCCUAUUUCUUAGCCUCAAAAAUCCCAAAGGGUAUUUUUAGAUUUUUCUCUCUCCUACCAAUUUUCUCUCUCUUCAUUUUACUCCCACUUUCUCUCUCUAGACCAAUUCCAAGUGCAAUAUUAGGAGGUUUUAUUACUUGGUUAGCCAACUUUAAACUCUUACUUUACUCCUUUAAUCUUGGUCCUUUAUCAACUAAUCACACACAAAAAUCCCUAAUUAGAUUCAUAUUUUUUGCAGCUUUUCCUAUCAAAAUCAAAGAAAAGAAGCAAAAGGGUAGUUUUGGAAUUUCACAUAAGAAGGUUUUAGUACCCUUAAAUUUUUGGUCAAAAUGUGUUGUUUUUGUGAUUUUAGAUGUAAUAUACACUUACAAAAAACAUAUGAUUUUGCUUUGUUGUUUGAUGUAUUUAUUCAUUGACAUUAUUUUUGGUGUAUGUGAUCUUCUUGUGGGGUCCACUCUAGGGUUAGAGCUUGAAUCAUCACCGUCUGAUGAACCUUACUUAUCAACAUCAUUGCAAGAUUUUUGGGGGAGAAGAUGGAACCGCAUGAUAUCAGAUAUACUGCGUCACACAGUAUAUAAACCCAUAAAGUCAACAUUUGAAAAUGUCUUGGGCCUUAAAUGGGCCUCAUGGGCCCCAGUGAUGGGUGUGAUGUCUGCUUUUGUUGUGUCUGGAUUAAUGCAUGAGCUCAUCUUUUUUUACGUGACACGUGCUACUCCCACGUGGGAGGUUACAUGGUUUUUUGUAUUACAUGGUGUAUGUGUGGUUUUGGAGAUGAUUGUGAAGAGAUGUUUGGGCCAGAAAUGGAAGCUACAUUGGGCUGUUUCAGGCCCAUUAACAGUUGGGUUUGUGAUGGUUACGGGCUUUUGGUUGUUCUUUCCUCAAAUAUGGAGAAAUCAAGUGGAUAUUAAAGCAACUGAAGAUAUUAUGAGUUUUGGCAAGUAUUUGAAAGAUGUUGUGAUGAGAGUAAAUAAACUCUUGAAUUGUGUUUAAUUUACAAAGAUAUAUAUGUUUCAUCAAAGUGUAAUCAUAAGUUUAAUUUCAUUCUUGUUCGUUUAGAGAUAAUAAGAGUUUGUUUAGGAAUUCAGCGCGUUUUAUUUACUUGAAUUUUGUUAAAAUAGAAGGUUUUCCCUACACAUAUAGCCCUAAGGGCUAAGCAUGGCAAUAUUUAUACAUGUCCUUAGUGUAUAGUGUAUC